AUGACCGGCUCUGUAACUAGUAGAAUUUGUAGCUAUAACGAUGUUACCAUCCAAAAUACUGAAUUGAUUGGAGAUUUACCAAGUUGUGUCUAUUGCUAUUUAACAGACCAAAUUUCAAGUUUCCAAGGUAAUUCAUUUUCAAAUUAUAAUCCACCAGCUUAUGGAAUCCCCAAAUGCAACAGUAUUGUACCAAAUUUUAGAAGAGAUUCAAACAAACUAUAUCUUUUUGGUUCUGACUUAGGCUUUAAUACAGAUGCUUUUACAACAGUUCCACCCCUUAUUUUUAAUCUUGAUGUUCCUAGCAAAUCUUUUUACACUACCGAUCCUGUUUCAGAUGUUGUUGAAGUUUAUUUUGAAAUCCCUAAUCAAAGCUUCUUGCUUGACUCCUCUUUAUCAUCACCUACAAUAGAUAGAGUAACAGUUUCAAGUGAUGGAGAUGGUUACUUAACAUUUUUUGGAUACUACUAUACUUAUAAUAUCUCAACUACCUCUGCCAAAGUCGGAAAUGAAGAUUGCAUUCCAGUAUUUACAAAUUUUACUCAUUUCAUAUGUCAGGUUAACAAUUAUGAUUCAACAAAAUUAAAUAUUGCUUCAACAUUAUAUAUUGAUGGAAGAUAUAAAAAUGUCCCAAUUUCAAUGACCCCAGGUUUAGAAAACAAAUAUUUAACUUGUUCCCAAGAUUGUAGUAAAAUUUCAAACAGUCAAUGUAGGGGUUGUAAUAAUGGAAUUUGUGUUCAUAUGGAUAAAUGUCAAUGUAGGGUAGAUUACCACGGCUCAACCUGUUUAAUAAAACAACACUAUGUUUCAUCUCUUACACCAACCACAAUCGAAGGUGGUUUGGUAAUUGCAUUUGGUGAUUUUGGUGAUUCUCAUUCAAAUUUAUCUAUCCUUAUAGGUUCCGAAAUAUGUUCAAAUCCAAAAGCAAAUAAAACCACUAUUGAAUGCACAAUAGGUCCAGGAACAGGUUCAAAAUCUUUUACAGUUAAACAAAAUGAUUUAAUAUGGUCGCAUAUUAAUUUCUAUAGCUUUAUCAAUCUAUUUAAAUCUUGUCCAAAUAACUGUACCUCAAUUGAUAAUGGACAAUGCAAUAACUCAACUGGUCAAUGUAAAUGUAUUGAAAAUAAAUGGUCAGGUUUUGAUUGUAGCUCACCAAUUUUAGAUAAUGGUGGGGGUAAUGAACAACCAGGCUCCAGCUCAAAUGUUGAUACAGAUUCAGGUAUUACACAAAUAUCAAACCAAGAUACCAAAUUUAACAUUUCAAUUGUAAAACUAAUAGAGCUUGAUACUGUAAGCCAAAAAACAGUUCGAGAAUUUGAAUUAAAAAAAACCUGGGACUCUUUUUUAGCAAAAAAUACAAGUGAUGGUAACAUUCAAUACAUUUUUAAUCAAACAUUAGGAAACAAUACCGCAAAUAUUAUUUAUAAAAUCGAAGAGGUUAAAAAGAGUAAAACAUUUGAAUUUGCAGAUGAAGAAUUUUCAUUACCCAAUGACUCAAUCAAAAUUACAAUAGAGAUUAAUAACUUUCCAUUUUUAAGUGUUUUAAAUUCUUUACAGCUACAAAUGGUCUCAUCUGUAGAAAAUGAAAUCUCUGCAAAUAAAUGUAAUGAAAAAGAAUCAUCAUCAGAAAAUAUUCAAGAUCAAGCAACUAGCUAUGUCAAGAUUAGUAAAGAUAACAAAUUGCUCUAUGGUAGAUUUAUGAAUAAAAUUAUUAGUGAUAGUAGAGUAACCUUUAUCAGUAGUGAAAUUGUUUCAAAUACAUCAAACUCUGUUAUUGUUGGUUUAAAUCUUCCACAUUGUGUUGAUUCUUGUAUUAUAGAUCCAGAUUUUUCUGUUCUUAUCGCUCCAAACUUCCAAAGUUCUUGUAAAAAUGAUUCAAAAAAGACAAUGAUCAUUGCUGUAUCAAUAGUAGUUCCACUUGUAGUAAUUGCUGCCACUAUUAUAGUGUUUGCCGUAGUUUAUAGAAAAAACCGUAUUUCAAUUAAAGUCAAAACAAUGAAACUUCGUAGAUUUUAA